AUGCAGCUGGUCCAGCAUCGAACAGGAAAGAUGCACGUCCGAAAAAUGCGAGCUGACAUACCAUCUGAAGAAACAGGAGGGCGAGGGGGUAUGCCAUUCCGUGGCAAAAAUGAAGAUGAUGAUGAUAUGGAUCCUAUCACACAAGCUGUAGUCAACAAUGCCCUUGGUAAAUUACCUACCAAGCGAAAAGCACAGCCAGUCACUUGCAAUGCAUGCAAUCUAACGUUCAACUCUGAGCUCCAAGCUGCUCAGCAUUACAACGGCAGUCGACAUGCCAAGAAGGUGCGGCUGAUGGAGGCAGCCAAGCAAAUGGAAACUGAAGAAGAUCCUGCUGAAACUGAUACUAAUGGUGAGAAACUACUUCCUUCAUCUGGAGAUGACUUAGGGAAGAAACUCGGCUUGUUCUUCUGUGGCUACUGUAACAUUUCUGUGAAUUCACUGCAACAGUUGGAUGCCCAUAAAAGUGGCAGCAAACAUCGGGCUAAGAUGCGGAUAUAUCCGAUGGCAAAGACAGUGAUUAAUGCCAGACUUUGUUUUAUUGCAAAAUGCCUGGUGUUGGCACAUUGGAGAUGGGUGCUGCCUACAACUAUGUCUACUAAUACUACCACAACCACCACAACAUUAAGAGCAGCUUACUUACAGUCUACCAGUGUAGUUAUUGUCAUACUGUUGAAAAAACACCUGGAUUCUUCCAUUUUUACUGUUGUCAAUUUUGGUAUAUUUCCACUGUCAGUUCCUGGCUAG